CCAACUUCUCCUUCCUCCACCCCACAAAUCUCCUUCUAUAUUCUCCCUCAUACUCUAGUGAACCAUGGUGGGCUCAGUCUGUCGCGCGACGCCGUCGGUGGCGGUUGUCUCGUUUCUGUUGAUAACGUGCUUCGCUGACUAAUCUGCACGCGCGCGCGUGUGUGUGAAAGUGUCACCGAGAGAACGAACGCCUGUAUCGUCGCGUGCAUGCGUGCUCCUCGUAGUAGUGCGUGAGUGUAUUUGGUUAUAUAGAACGUAUAUAUAUAUAUAUAUAUUAUCUAUACGUCGUAUACGUAUGUGAGUCCUACUAUUAUAGCAGCGACAAAAAGCAGCGACACAUUUCAACCGAGCAGUCUACACACAUAUUAUAUAUAUAUAUAUAUAUAUACACAUACGCGUAUAUCGUUCGCCUUCAUCCAUCCAAGUAUAUCCAUCCAUCCACCUACACUAUUACUACUACUAUUAUUACUACUACUACUAUUGCUGUAACUACACUACUACUACUACACCAUUAGGAAACGCGCGCACACCACAGUGAUCGUGUAUAUAUCAUCAUCUUCUUCACCAUCGUCGUCGCUUUCGUCGUCACAUCUUGUCUUCCGCUCUUGGCUGUUCCUCGCACAAAAGAAAGAACGACGACAUCCAGUUAUGCCGGCAGCGCGGGAGUGUUACCCCAUACGGGAUUGUCCAGGAGUUGGCACAUCAUCAAGUCCAACCGGUAAGGAAGUUUCCUACCACGCUAGCGUAGGUGGAAGCAGCGUUGGAUAUAAACCACCUCCGCAGCACAGUCCACAAUCGAGAGGUCCGCCACCUCAUUUCCCUCAGGAACCCGUUGGGCCAACAACCAACUCUACGCCGCUUCACAUCAGUAUUUGCGGACAAGAGAAUAUAAUGCGCGGUCCUCUUUCAAAUAUGAGUCCUGGGCUUGCAGCCAGCGACGUGGUGGACAUGGAAUAUCGUAGAAAUUCACAAGCCACAAACCAGUUGCCACUGAGUCCUGUACAGAUUCAAGCCUCGCCCGCUUAUUAUAGACAGCCUAGUCAGGAUGAUGGUAGAAAGAGCGAAUCUCCGUCUAGAAAACGUCGUCGGAUAUCGAGAAAUGGUACGGUUUCUGGAAUGGAAGUAAGAGAAACUACACCACCAGCACCAACGCCACCUUUACAUACGACUCCACCAACCUGGGAAUUUUCAUCAGCUUCUCAACGUCGAUCUCCACGUAACCACAUGUCUACACGCGGUAGUCCUACAAUGAGAAAUCGGUAUCAACGAUAUACGGAUUCCUUUGGUCUUUCCUAUCCCUUUAUCCCUGGCCAUAAUCCCCAUGCUACGCUCCAUAAUUCUCAUCACGGAAUUCAUAGUCCCCAUCACAAUAUCCACAACUCCCAUCAUAAUCUACACAGCUCGCAUCAUAAUAUUCACAAUGCGCAUCAAACGCAUCCUCGACAUCCGCCUGGUACAGGACAUCAUCCUGCGCAAGGUGCUAAUGGACCGGUAGUCGUUGAUGUGGGUCAAGUCGGUGUGUCUGGUCUUGGUGUCACUGUUAGUGGCGAACCAUUGUGGCAUCCACAACCAACGAGCUAUAGAAUUCCUUGUCAGGUGCACGGAAUUUAUACUGAAGCACAUCCAUUCGCGCAUUCGUGUCAAGUCACGCAUCACCAUAAUCAUUAUUCAGCGGCUCAUGCGACUCAUUCUGGUCAUAGUUUGGUAGGAUCCAUAGUUGGCGCAACCUCUAGGGGGUAUCCAGCUCCUGCAGGAGGUCCAGUUGCUGCACUUCAUGCACAUGCACCACCACCUCCACCCGUCCCACCACAUUAUACGGCCCACCACCAACUAUCUCAGCAGAGAGAGGUAGAACUUGAAUUAUUGGAACCCCACCAUCAUCAUAGAGUUGGAGCCACUGCCGGUGCACCGUUACCAUUGCCACAUUCAUAUUCUCCUCCAGCUCUCACACAAGUAACAACACCGCCUCCGAUUUACUUAUCCGAGUCUAGAAAUAAUCAAUUAGAAAUGAUACAGACGAGAAUUCGCAGAGCGGCUUCGAAUCUUCAUACUCUUAGGCGACCAAGAUCGAGUAGAUGGAGAGGCACCCCUCCAUUACCACCUACAACAUAUCCAGGAUUUUUGUUACAUUUCUUAGCGAUGUUCAGCAAUCCACCUUUAUCUCCAUACAGCCAUGCAGAUUUGUCCUCGCCAGAUUCAGCAACAGAAAAUUACGAGGCACUUCUAUCUUUGGCUGAAAGACUUGGAGAAGCUAAACCACGUGGUUUAAUGCGUGCCGAGAUUGAACAAUUACCUUCCUACAAAUUCAAUGCAGAAACGCAUCAAAGUGAUCAAACGAAUUGCGUUGUCUGCAUGUGUGAUUUCGAAGCACUGCAAUCGCUUCGUGUUUUACCGUGUUCGCACGAAUUUCAUUCUAAAUGCAUCGACAAGUGGCUUAAAUCAAACAGAACGUGCCCGAUAUGUCGUGGUGACGCUGGAGAAUAUAUUUCGUAAUAGUGGAUAGACAAGUAGCGACUGACACCUAAGCUUCUGCUGAAUGAAAAACGCUCAAUGGCGUCGGAUCUUCUUCUUCGUCGUCGUCGAGGACGCUACUUCGUACAGAACCUCCAGCCGUCAUGUUGUUGGUUUGUGCAAAUUCAUGUCCAUUAGCAUUUCUGCCUUUUCUCCUGUGAAAGUGAAUUAAUCGUUGAUUGUAUUUCGAACUCCUGAAAAUUCUGAAACAGCGUUUUUCGGAGAAGUUUAAACCAUCCCCCUGUUUUGAACAAAAAGGAAAAAGAAAAUGGAGAAAAGCUGGAUGCAACGAAAGAUAUAUACAGUAAAAGAAAUUUGAGAAUGUUGGAGAUUCUCUUGUAAUAGAAAGGGUACACAUCAUUUUUUGCUUUUUCCUCAGGCGUUAGUAAAUUUACAAGUUUAAAGAGCGUAAUUUAAUAAUACGUGUUGAAUUAUGGUUAAAAAUACCUUCAAUGGGGAUUUAAAAAACAAAAAGGAAAAAAAAA